AACGGAAUCCGGUCCUCCUCAAAAAAACCGUCGCCUCUCCUUCAAAGCCCCCCAUCUUCCUUUCUGAAUCCCCGGUCAGCUCCCCCGUCGUCCGCGGCGGCCUGCUUCUCCGACCUUCUACCGCUCUUUCUGUCUCUGACUCCAUCUAAUCGCUGGAGGGGUUUUUCUAAUUCGUCCGCUCGGGGAAUCAAUCAGAUCGACGAUGAGUCAUAUCCUUUCCUGAUUCCGCUUGUUUUUCUCUCCGAUCUCCCGAUUCUCACUCUCCCUUCCUCCGUACUUUCUAUCUGUUUGCCGAGUUGGAAUCAAUUGAUGUAGGGACGAAAAAGAAAAUCCUUGAGGAUUUCAGAUACGGCUGAGCUUAGCGCACGCGGUAACCAGAGGGACCGAGAUCGCGAAAGAGCACAAGCUAGGGCUGGUGGGAAGUCGAAGAAUCAGCCUAAAUCCGAUGGAUUGACUCCCGAGCAACGCCGUGAAAGGGACGCAAAGGCUCUGCAGGAGAAGACUGCUAGGAAGGCCGCACAGCAGGCGGCGGCCGGAGGAAACAACGCCGGCGGUGGAGGCGGCAAAACCAAGAAAUGACGCGUCACAAGUAGUGGGGGGUUGUAUAUUAGAUAGAUGGUCGUGGUGGGUAUUAUCUAUGGUGGAUCAAUCAGAUCUGGGGUGGGUGGGUGGGUGUUCUGUCCAUCAAUCAUGUUGUUUGAGUAACCAAGUAACCAUGUUUCUACUUGAGUGGCUUUGAAAUUGGAUUUGGAAUUCUCAACCCUCUGAUUUUGGCAUGAACAUUAUAAACCUGUUGUGCAAUCAUUUUGGGAGUUAAAGAAUACUAUGGGACCUCAAUCUGAUGAGUCAUACACUACAAUAUGGCAAGAAAGAAGAAGUGGAAGAACCCAACUGCGGGAUAUAUAAUUGAAC